GCGAGUCCCUCCUGCAGAGGGAGGCCUGCGUGCGCUACUCCCGCGACGGCGCGGGCGUCCGGGCCGACGUGCACCGGCUGCGCACGGAGAGAACUCAACCUGGCGCCGCCGGGUGGCGCCCCGUGCGCGAGCCUGGCGGUGACGGAGGACGCCGCGUACACAAAGGAGGUCGGGGUCUCCUGCGGUACGGAUCCCGAGCCCAUGCGCGAGACCAGCGGGGUGAAGGCCGCCUGGAACGAGAUCGGCGCGGGGACGUACCGGAUGCAGAAGACGGCGAAGAAGCCCGGCGGGCGGAAGUUUCUGUACAGCGCUGCUUUCAAGGGCACCCUGGCGGAGGCGGGGGACAUCGCGGAGCAGGUCGGCGGCGCUUUCUUCGUGAGGUACGCCAAGUGGCUCGAGGUCGUUGGGGACGACUCGUUCGACGCGGGCCCAGCCAGGGACGGCUCAGCGGUGAUCUACAUGCGGAGCCCCCCGCCGAAGUCGCGCGUGUGCCCCCUGGAGACGGACGAGGCGUCGCGGGCAGAGGCGCACGUCGCGGCCGUGGAGGCCGCGGAGAGCGUGGCCUUCGCCGCCGCGGUGGAGGAGUGGCGGAGGAGGCACGGCUCCGGCCGCAAGGCCUCCACGGGCGGGCGCGAGACGGCUCUCGCGACCGGCGCCGCAGGCUUCGCCGCCUGCUGGAGCAGGGGCCCGGGCUGA